AUGGCAUUUAAAUUCAUCAGAUUGUCGAUAGAAUUGGGGCCUGCGGCUCUUACCGCAGUGCCGGAGAAGCAGGGUCUUGACCUUGUUGCAGUUGGCGAUCAGAGUGGCGAAGGCUGCACCCUUGACAUUCAGGCAGAAGUUGAGCGCUACAGUCUCCAGGUGGAUGCAGUUUGUAGCCAGUAG